AUGUUCAUCCCCUCUCUGAGUGGCUGGGUUGAGUUCAUCCCCUCUCUGAGUGGCUGGGUUGAGUUCAUCCCCUCUCUGAGUGGCUGGGUUGAGUUCAUCCCCUCUCUGAGUGGCUGGGUUGAGUUCAUCCCCUCUCUGAGUGGCUGGGUUGAGUUCAUCCCCUCUCUCAGCGGCUGGGCUGAGUUCAACCCCUCUCUGAGUGGCUGGGCUGAGUUCAACCCCUCUCUGAGUGGCUGGGAGGUGUUCAUCCCCUCUCUGAGUGGCUGGGAGGUGUUCAUCCCCUCUCUGAGUGGCUGGGUUCUAACAGACCAAUGGGCCGCUUCCCUUCCCUCUGUUUUCAAUCCACUGGAGACACAGAGAGGAUGACUCAUUUGGGCGGCAGGCAGCAUAGCAGGCGGCAGGUAGUCUAGCGGUUAGAGCGUUGGGCCAGUAACCGAAAGGUCAUUAGUUCGAAUCCCUAAGCAGAAGGUCACCGUUGAUAAUGGCAGACCCUGGCCGUGACCCCACUCAUCGAAGGUGUCUCAGUGAGAGUAAGAUAUGCAAAAAAAAAAAAAAAACAUUUCCAAAUCACACAUGCGUAUUAAUAGACACUUGUACAUGUGAAAUAGGACAAACAUAAGCUCCCAUCAUCUCCCCAACAACAAAGUAAAGCUGGGCUCUUUCCAAUUGUAUUUGUUUCCACAAACCCUUUUAAUCCACUUCAACGUUACAGAGAGGCCUAGCCACUCGUGAAAACAGCAAAUGAAUUGUGUUUAUUAUGGAUUUAUGUCCCCCACUGCAGGUUUAUAUCUAAGGAGGCUAAGAGGGGUGUUCACUGCUAUCCAACGGGGUGGCUAGGGAAAGCUACCCAUCAAACGCUGUAAAGGCUUAUCUGAGUUAUCAGGCUCUGCUUAGACGAUGGGGCUGCAGUUACCCCGUCCUUCACUGAGGAGGAAUGACCCCACCGGAGUGUGAUGUCUCAGUUGGUGGGAGCACAGGGUUGGAAGCACCAGAGGUUCCCACAUGGGCCAGCCACUAGAGCUGGGCAUUAUGGGAAAUAAUUCAUAUCGCGAUAAAUAGCCUGAAUUCCUGCGAUAACGAUAAACAGAACGAUAAGUUUAGAACAUUAAUGUGCACCACAGUUCUUUUUUUAUUAUACUUUAAACUACUACUACUAGUUUAAUGGUUGUAGCCAUCAAUUGUCCCAUUAACAAUCACCCAUAUUAGCAAACUUAUUUAAUUUCAAACGUCACACUUCUCUAGUAUAGUCUAUUUAUCACAAUGAACGAUAUCAGCAAAAUGCCUGCGAUAAGUGCUCGGUAUGGUCGGUGUCAAUCAUUUUCAGUUUAUCUUGCCAGCUCUACAGGGGCACAUAUAUAAUUGUAUUCACUUUACGGAAUAAAAGUGUCUGGUACAUGUAUAUUUCUACUGUGAUAUGAACCCUGAAGAUACCUAAAGAGGCCUCAACAUUAGCUGUGGGAGCUAACAGGUUUUCAGGUCUCAGGAAAGGUUAAAGUUCACAAAACCACCUACGCUACACCUACAUCCAAACCUCUCCACUUGACAAUUGACUAGACUCACAGACUCAAAAUGUUACCUCUCAUACAGGACCCAGGAGGACUAGCAAAGCCUGAGGACGUGGGUGGACCCAUUUCCACCGCUUCCACUCAGACAAAAUCAGAAGCCUCUGAAGAACUAACUAAACAAACAACUUCACUAAGUUGUUCUGGAAGUUUGGGAGCAAGCAAAAGUCUGCUUCUCUGCCAUAUUGAGCGGUAGAGCAUUCGCCAGCCCCCACACGUGUGCGUUUGACUCCGCUCAACACUCUUCCAAACACAGCCGCAACGAACUCUCACCUCGCCUGGGCUCUGAAUGCACCUCUUAAACACUGCCGCGGUGCGUUCAACAACAGUAUCCCACAUGACUCACACUGGGACUGACCCUGAUGGUUUAAGGAGCAGCAACACCAGUCAGCCGGAAAACGCAGAGAGCAGACAUGGAGAACCACUCAGGACCCCUGAUCAGGCAAUAACGUCCCUGAGCCGACACACACAUCCAUGGGCAGAGAGCGUCAACAAACCAAGCAUGGCCCCGGUGUCAAUCAUCAAGCUCACAGUCUCACUGCUUAAGUGGAGGGAGAUAGGAACUGAAAUGGAGCUGAAAUAACUGUAGAUUAAAGUAAUUGGCGAGCUUUUGAGGGGAACUGACGAAGAUGUAGGACAGGGGUGUCAAACUCAUUCCACGAAGGGCUGAGUGUUUGCGGGAUUUUGGUUUUUCCUUUCAAUUAAGACCUAGACAACCAGGUGAGGGGUGUUCCUUACUAAUUAGUGACCUUAAUUCAAGAGUGGAGCGAACACCCACAGACACUCGGUCCUCUGUGGAAUGAGUCUGACACGUGAUGUAGGACAAAGAGUUACCAAGGCUGAGACUGGAGGAUCAUGAGAACCCAAAGUGUUACCAAGGCUGAGACUGGAGGAUCAUGAAAACCCAAAGUGUUACCAAGGCUGAGACUGGAGGAUCAUGAGAACCCAAAGUGUUACCAAGGCUGAGACUGGAGGAUCAUGAAAACCCAAAGUGUUACCAAGGCUGAGACUGGAGGAUCAUGAAAACCCAAAGUGUUACCAAGGCUGAGACUGGAGGAUCAUGAGAACCCAAAGUGUUACCAAGGCUGAGACUGGAGGAUCAUGAGAACCCAAAGUGUUACCAAGGCUGAGACUGGAGGAUCAUGAAAAACCAAAGUGUUACCAAGGCUGAGACUGGAGGAUCAUGAGAAACCAACUUUGCUGCAUAUUUUAAAAGGUAGAGUACAGAGUACGAGACAAUCUAAAUAAAAAUAACCGACAAUUAAGAUUCAGAAACAAGGAGAGCAAAGCAUGUCCAUAAAUUAGACUACAGCUACUAAUAUUCUAAACACGUACUGUAUAAACAACUGCACUGCAAACUGUAUCUAGAGAGGGAGGGUGGGUGGAUAGGGAGGGAGGGUGGGUGGAUAGGGAGGGAGGGAGGGUGGAUGGAAGGAUGGAUAGUGAGGAAUGGAGGAGGGAUGGAUAGGGAGAGAGGGAGGGAGGGAGGGAGGGAGGGAGGGAGGGAGGGAGGGAGGGAGGGAGGGAGGAAGGAAGGAAGGGGGAGAGAUUUAAUUGAGUAGGCUUGGAGGCUUAGGACAGAGUUCUCUCUCUCUCUUUCCCUCUCAUUCUCCACUGAGCCUGACAGUGGCAGACGGAGUGUGUGUGUGAGUGUUUCUGUGCCCACGUGCCUGUGCCUCUCUCUCUCUCUGUGUGUGUGUGUGUGUGUGUAUGUGUAUGUGUUGGAAAGGAACAGCACUCUGCUCCCGAGGCGUACAGUAGGAGAAAGAAGGGGGGCCAGUCUAAUUUGAUGUUUUGUUUUCCACACAGAGAGCAAUUAUUUUCCUCCUGUUUGUCUGGCUGUUUUCCAGGGUUACAGUAACAGUACCGGGUCUCAUAUUAACUAUCCUACAAUAACUAGAAAUACAAUCCAGGAGAGACCGUAAUCUCCAAUUACUUCACUAGGAUUUCCAACCACUGUUAACUAAGGCCCAAACGGCCCAAAAAAGGUGGACACCUGACAACUUGGAACAAGGUAAAUAAAGGUCAAAAGUGAAAGUGAUUCUUUGUUUACUUACUGUAUGUACCUUUAUUGUAGUGUUGUCAUAUUUUUUUAAACUUACGUUUAUUUAGUAAAUAUUUUCGUAACUUUUCUUUUUUUUUUCUCUGCAUUGUUGGUUAAGGGCUUGUAAGUAAGCAUUUCACGGUAAGGUCUACACCUGUUGUAUUCGGCUCAUGUGACAAAUACAAUUUGAUUUGAUUCUGAUUUAUUCUAGUGUUGUCACGAUACCAGUAUCGCGAUACUACAAUACCAGAUUUUCCUUGGCAAAAAAGAAAACACGCAGCAGACUAGGCUCUAUGGUCCUUUAAAACCUACUUUUGUAAAAUAUUUUGUGCUAUAGUUUGCAAAAUAAACAAAUGUGACUCUGGGGGACAACAUAAGGAAGGCUGUUUUUUCCAACAUUAGGACUGUUUUCCUUAAGACAUUUAGUCUGCUUCAUGUUUUGUUUCCUUUGCUUCCUUACUUCCUAGUAUCGGGAUACCGGUGUCAUGACAACAUUACUUUAUUCAACCAAGUUGGACAAGUUAAGUGAAAGCUUGUCUGUAACAGACUUUCUCAGAACCCUACUUCCCAAUCUGACACAGCACCUCUGUGGUGUAUAGGUGGUGCCUACCCAGUACCCUACCCUAACCCUACCCAGUGGGGCCGGGAUGAUACCAGUAUUGCAAUAUUUUUUCCAUGGCAAAAAUGUAAACACCAAGCAGACCAAACUCUUUGGUCCUUUAAAAACCUGCUGUAUGUAAAAUAUUGCACGCUAUAGUUUGGAAAAUAAAUAAAUAAAUGUGACUGGAUGUAAACAUAAUGAUGUUUGUUUCCAACAUUAGGGCAGUUUUCCUAAAGAAGUACCACGAUACUAAGGAGUAUGGCGAUGGUGGUAUAGUCCUGGCCCUGACUCAACCUCCUCCAUUACUGCCUAAUCAUGUCGACCUCAGUUCACACCACUGGGCCAGGAUGGGCUAAAGCUGGCUGCCAUCUCUCUCUGAUACUCCCAGUGGUUUACUAUUCCAGAUCUCUAACAGAUUUAACAGCUAUUUCUGACCCUGGGUGGGUGUGAACCGCUAUGAGCCUCCAACCCAGAAUCAAGGCUCUUUUCUUAGGCAUGGCGGGCUGGAAGGCGGGCAGGACGGGAUUCCCACCACCACGGUGACUGGCCAAGGGAAGUAUUUUCCAAUCUCCAAGGGCGACGGGUGUCACGGUAACCCAGUGUCUGGAUGACUGAGUAAAGCUGGUGGCUGAUUGACAGGGGGCGGUAGAGGUGACACUGAGUCAAAGGGUUCUCUUGUUCCUGACGGCCGGGGUGUCUGGAGUUAACAGCUAGAGGAAUGCUCCCGGUAACGGAGGAGUGAAGUGGAGUGACGUACUUCAGCAUAGUGAUGGAUAAUCAGAUGAAGAAUAAUGAGAAUGUGAUUACUUAAGUCUCUCGCUGUUUCACACACACCCUCUUGUGUAAUUGCCAUUGACUCUUGUUUUUCAAAAUAUGUGUGGUUGUUGUUUUCAGUCUCUCUGUCCCACUGGUCAAAGGAAAGUGGUGAGGAAGACUAUGGCUGCCAUCUCGGUCUCUUCCUCCUCAAACAGGGCUCACUAAGGCCCUCUCUACAGAGCCCUGAGUUGGUACAGCCCUGAGCUGUAUUCCAGUAACACUUCCAGAACAUCCACAACCCCUCAUCAUGCUCUGUUUACAAGAUGUGUGCCGAGUAGUCAGACAAAACGAGUAUCGUAACGGAUACGGGCAAUUUUCUGGAUAUUUAUUUUUUGUAAUCAUCAGCACGCAUCUUUCUCAUGUUAGUCAGUCAAGAGAGGUACUACGUGGUCUAAAUAACUCAAUUGCUGCUACGUUGAUCCUGCUGCUCUGAUUGGAUAGAGUGAAGCUGUAUUUCUCCGUCCAAUCGCUUCAUAAUUUCACCCGAUCACUUUCAAUUCUCUGUUUGGGUCUGAUCAUUCACACUGCUGCCGCCUCCUGUUAGCCUGCUGCUAUGAUAAACCACAUGGCGAGGACGUUUGCUGUCAAGCUAUCAAUGUGCAUAGUAUCUAACAAGCGGAGUGAGGGUAGGGGAAAAAAAUGAAACGCCGACUGAUAGCAAACUUGUCUGCUGAUCACGAGUAUCAUCCGAUCCGACUAUCAACUGUCAAUUUACAGAUAAGAGAUUAGGAAUACGAGUAUGUCCACGUCGGUACUAGAGGGAGAUGCAUUGCAUCCAAUUGGAGACUUGGGCUCUGCAUACCUUUUCUUUGUACAGCUCCUGUUCAUUUAAAUGGAGAAGAUGGAUAUGCUAAUCAUAAAGUUAAUGCCAGUCAUAAUGUUCUCCAUUACCAGAGAAAGCGGGAGUAAAAAAAGCUGGAGUCAUUUGUGGUCUAAACUGUUUAUCAGGGAUGGGCAACUCCAGUCCUCCAGGGCCAGAGUGGUGUCACACUCUUUCCCCUAUUCCUAGCAAACAUAGCUGAUUAAACUAAUUGCAUUCUAAACUGAAGAUCAGUUGAUUAGUUAAUUAUUGGGGUCAGGUGUGUUAACUGGGGCUGGGGCAAAAGUGUGACAUCAAUCAGGCCCCCGAGGACUGGAGCAUCCCAUCCCUGGUUUAUAGCUACAGAUGUAAUGUUGUUUCAGUGCUGCUGCUUUCCUCUGAGAGGUAGGAAAUCCAUAGCUCUCUGGCUGGCAUCUGAUUUGGCCUAUGGGCAGUGACGCAACAGUGAGGGGUAAAGUAAAAAUGCUGCCCUUUAGUGAAAAGUUUAAACUGUUCUCGCUCUGCCCUCCCCCCCCCCCCCCCCCCCACACACACACACACACACUCUUUUCUAGCUCACUAGUCUACCACAACAGGGUAUGUGCUAGAGUCAGUAGACUACUGGAAGGCACACCACCACACAAGGGAUGAACUUAAUACAGUUAAAUGUGUUAGCAGUACAACUAGAUAAAGGAUGCCUUUAAUACAACUAAAUAUAUUACAAUCCCAGUAAUGUAUUAUGUACUGUCCCAGUAAAAGCAUAACCUAUCCUAUGAUCAGCUAAUGGGCUAUAUAGAAUACUAAUGGUUGCUGUAUUAACCCACUGAUAGCUGCUGCUGACCUCACUGAUUAAAUUAACCAGGGAUUAGGCUUAAUGAAGGCAUCAAUAUACACAGAGAGAGAGAGAGAGAGAGAGAGAGAGAGAGAGGUAGAGAGAGAGAGAGAGAGAGGGAGAGAGAGAGGUAGAGAGAGAGACAGAGAGAGAGAGAGAGAGAGGGAAGAGAGAGGGUAGAGAGAGAGAGACGAGAGAGAGCGAGAGGAGAGAGAGGAGAGAGAAGAGGAAGUAGAGAGAGAGAGAGAGAGAGAGAGAGAGAGGGAGCUGAGUAGUAAACAUACAGUAUAGUGGAUCAGUGGCCAGGGCUUAGUAAUCAGACACACACAGAUCAGUCACAUCAGAGCUGACCAAACCACCCCACCACAACACAACACACCACAACACAGGCCAAACAUGUUGAUAGGACCAGGGUUUUUACAGAUCAUGUGAGCUGGCCAGGAAAAACUCUGGGUCUUAGUUAUAACAAGGAUGGAAAAAGGUUAGAAAAAACAGGGAACGCAAAUAGUCAAAUUAGUAAUUCAUAUAUUUACUAUGUAGCUAUGUGUUAUGUUAUUACGAUAUUAACUAAUAUAUUUACUAUGUAGCUAUGUGUUAUGUUAUUAUGAUAUUAACUAAAAUAUUUACUAUGUAGCUAUGUGUUAUGUUAUUAUGAUAUUAACUAAAAUAUUUACUAUGUAGCUAUGUGUUAUGUUAUUACGAUAUGAACUACCUACAUGUACAUAUUACCUCAAUUACCUCGACUAACCUGUGCCCCCGCACAUUGACUCUGUACCGGUUCCACCUGUAUAUAGCCUCUCUACUGUUAUUACACAUUGACUCUGUACCGGUUCCCCCUGUAUACAGCCUAGCUACUGUUAUUUUACUGCUGCUCUUUAAUUAUUUGUUAUUAUUAUUUUGUACUUAUCUAUUUUUUUACUUAACACUUAUUUUUCUUUAAUCUGCAUUGUUGGUUAAGGGCUUGUAAGUAAGCAUUACACCUGUUGUAUUCGGCGCAUGUGACAAAUAACAUUUGAUUUGAUUUGAUGAAAGAAAGUUACUAUGUAGCUAUGUGUUAUGUUAUUACGAUAUUAACUAAUAUAUUUACUAUGUAGCUAUGUGUUAUGUUAUUAUGAUAUUAACUAAUAUAUUUACUAUGUAGCUAUGUGUUAUGUUAUUAUGAUAUUAACUAAAAUAUUUACUAUGUAGCUAUGUGUUAUGUUAUUAUGAUAUUAACUAAUAUAUUUACUAUGUAGCUAUGUGUUAUGUUAUUAUGAUAUUAACUAAUAUAUUUACUAUGUAGCUAUGUGUUAUGUUAUUAUGAUAUUAACUAAUAUAUUUACUAUGUAGCUAUGUGUUAUGUUAUUACGAUAUGAAAACGGGUCCUAGGGGAUUUCUCACAGAACUGUAACAUGAAACCAUGUGAAAGAAUAUGAUGUCAUUGACUGAAAAUGGCCCAAAAUUUGACAGCUAAAAAACAAGACAACAGAAUGUUCUCCUAUUCUCCUCUAUCUGAACCAGAACCUAUAUAAUUUAGUACACAGUAUAACACAGAGGUAAACUGUCCCUGCCCUGAGCCAAGUUCGCUAACCUUAAAAAGUCACUUCCAAUCCAAUGCACAUUCACUCGCGGCCCUGACCCGUGCUAAGUACUGGUGAAUUGUUGCCAUAUUUCAGAGCCAUUUUUACGGCAUGUGAACCUGGGGGCGAUAUAGGCUAGCUGGGUCAUUCCUACAAUGAGGUCCCUUUUCUGGCCCCAGGAAAUAUCACUUCUUAUUCAGUGUAAAAUGUGGAUCCGAAAAGGCUUUAAAUAGGUCAGGUGUCCUUUACCUUAAAAACACACAAAUAUGAAUCUUGAAAGGAAAUGUUAUGUAUUUUGGAAACUUUUUCCAGUGGAUGUAGGUGUUUUUGACAUGUCCCUGGGUGUUAUUCAUCCAUUUCGAGAAAUAUAAGCCAUAAAAUAUUGAAAUAUUUCUUCAUUUUAUAGUCCUAGUUAAAAAUCUCUCAACUGUUUUUUUCUUCUUCUCAUGAUUAUUGUAUUUAUUAUUUAAUUAUUUAAAAUGUAAAAUUGUAUUUAACAUUUUCUGUGUGUCCCUGAUAUCCCUUUCCACCCUGUUAGUUUGUAGUAAUUCUCCUUUAAAGAAAACAGCCCCUUCCCACAAUGACAUCAUGCUCAGGAAGUGUCAUCAUUUGUUUUGUGGGAAAACAAUGGUGCAAAGCUAAAUAAAUCUAAACACUCUGUUUUAUUUAUUUAUCUGUUUCAUGACGUUAGUCUCUUUGUCUCACUCAUACAUUUCUACCCUGUUAGGCUAAAUAACAGAGACAAUUCACCAAAAUUCAAAAUAAAUUUCAUAUAGAAGUUAAAAUUCUCGUCAAGUGUUUAUUAUUAUGCUAGCGUAAUCUCAAUCACCCACAGAGCUAUAGCUAAUUCAGGCUCCAAAUUUCCACCCUGUUAGGUUCCACCCUGUUAGGUUCCACCCUGUUAGGUUCCACCCUGUUAGGUUCCACCCUGUUAGGUAAGAACUGUAUGGGAAAAUGCACCUAAAAUGCCUGAGCUUGACCAAUAUGUUUUUCUGAAAGUCAAACAUGUUAUUUUCCUGAUAGAAUAAAAAAAAAGGGAAAAUAUAAACUUUUUUUUUCAAAAGUUAAGAGGUCCCAAAUGGCACCACAAAGUAGGAAUGACCCAUCUACUGGUGUAUAGCCCACCUCCCAUCUACUGGUGUAUAGCCCACCUCCCAGUUACUGGUGUAUAGCCCACCUCCCAUCUACUGGUGUAUAGCCCACCUCCCAUCUACUGGUGUAUAGCCCACCUCCCAUCUACUGGUGUAUAGCCCACCUCCCAUCUACUGGUGUAUAGCCCACCUCCCAUCUACUGGUGUAUAGCCCACCUCCCAGCUACUGGUGUAUAGCCCACCUCCCAUCUACUGCUGUAUAGCCCACCUCCCAUCUACUGCUGUAUAGCCCACCUCCCAGCUACUGGUGUAUAGCCCACCUCCCAGCUACUGGUGUAUAGCCCACCUCCCAGCUACUGGUGUAUAGCCCACCUCCCAUCUACUGGUGUAUAGCCCACCUCCCAUCUACUGGUGUAUAGCCCACCUCCCAUCUACUGGUGUAUAGCCCACCUCCCAUCUACUGGUGUAUAGCCCACCUCCCAUCUACUGGUGUAUAGCCCACCUCCCAUCUACUGGUGUAUAGCCCACCUCCCAGCUACUGGUGUAUAGCCCACCUCCCAUCUACUGCUGUAUAGCCCACCUCCCAUCUACUGGUGUAUAGCCCACCUCCCAUCUACUGGUGUAUAGCCCACCUCCCAUCUACUGGUGUAUAGCCCACCUCCCAUCUACUGGUGUAUAGCCCACCUCCCAUCUACUGCUGUAUAGCCCACCUCCCACUACUGGUGUAUAGCCCCACCUCCCAGCUACUGGUGUAUAGCCCACCUCCCAUCUACUGGGUAUAGCCCACCUCCCAUCUACUGGUGUAUAGCCCACCUCCCAUCUACUGGUGUAUAGCCCACCUCCCAUCUACUGGUGUUAGCCCACCUCCCAUCUACUGGUGUAUAGCCCACCUCCCAUCUACUGGUGUAUAGCCCACCUCCCAUCUACUGGUGUAUCGCCCCACUCCCCAGCUACUGGUGUAUAGCCCACCUCCCAUCUACUGCUGUAUAGCCCACUCCCAUCUACUGGUGUAUAGCCCCAACCUCCCAUCUACUGGUGUAUAGCCCACCUCCCAUCUACUGGUGUAUAGCCCACCUCCCAUCUACUGGUGAUAGCCCACCUCCCAUCUACUGGUGUAUAGCCCACCUCCCAGCUACUGGUGUAUAGCCCACCUCCCAUCUACUGCUGUAUAGCCCACCUCCCAUCUACUGGUGUAUAGCCCACCUCCCAUCUACUGGUGUAUAGCCCACCUCCCAUCUACUGGUGUAUAGCCCACCUCCCAUCUACUGGUGUAUAGCCCACCUCCCAUCUACUGGUGUAUAGCCCACCUCCCAUCUACUGGUGUAUAGCCCCACCUCCCAGCUACUGGUGUAUAGCCCACCUCCCAUCUACUGGUGUAUAGCCCACCUCCCAUCUACUGGUGUAUAGCCCACCUCCCAUCUACUGCUGUAUAGCCCACCUCCCAGCUACUGGUGUAUAGCCCACCUCCCAUCUGCCUCAUGUGCCCAGGCGAUGCCAGCAUGGUUGAGUACGUGAGUGAGUGCGUGAGUGAGUGAGUGAGUGUGUGGGUGUGUGUGGGUGGGUGACUGCAUGGGUGACUGCGUGGGUGAGUGAGUGGGUGAGUGCUUGGGUAGGUAGGUGAGUGAGUGCGUGGGUGUGUGAGUGUGAGUGUGUGGGUGAGUGCGUGGAUGAGCGGCCUGAGCUCCGAGAGCCUGGUCCGUAGAAUUAGAACAUGAAUGUUCCUUCUACUCAUUCUUAUUGAAUGGCCCUUAUCAAGCUAAUCAAUGCUCUGAAUUAUAUAGUUUUUUGGCACUUAAAAAAAAAUCACUGAUACACUAUAUAUACUAAAGUAUGUGGACACCCCUUCAAAUGAGUGGAUUCGGCUAUUUCAGCCACAUCCAUUGCUGACAGGUGUAUAAAAUUGAGCACACAGCCAUGCAAUCUCCAUAGACAAACAUUGGCAAUAGAAUGGCCUUACUGAGGAGCUCAGUGACUUUCAACGUGGCACAGUCAUAGAAUGUCACCUUUCCAACAAGUCAGUUUGUCACAUUUCUGCCCUGUUAGAGCUGCCCCGGUCAACUGUAAAUGCUGUUAUUGUGAAUCCUGAAUGCUGAUUGGUUAAAACCGGUGUCUAUUUCACAAGUUACCACCGGAUAAAGCUAUGAUGUUUAAAUGCCUAUUUACUCCGUUCCAUCUCACUGCGCAAUCCACUGUCUCAUCAACAAAGUCAGGCACUUUAUAAACUUGAUCUCCACUAUAAAAAGCAUCUAGACAUUAUCUCACAUUUCUUUUAGACUAGCAUUUGGUUUUCAACAGCAGAGAUUUGUAUAAACCUUGCUGUCUGUCUCUCCGACCUUUUCAAUAUUGAGUCCCCUGUAGCUCAGUUGGUAGAGCAUGGCGCUUGCAACGCCAGGGUUGUGGGUUCGUUUUCCACGGGGGGCCAGUAUGAAAAAUGUAUGCACUCACUAACUGUAAGUCGCUCUGGAUAAGAGCAUAUGUUAAAUGACUAAAAUGUAAAAUGUUUCAAUAUUGAAUUGCGAUCUCCACCGUCCCAUAUAAAGUGAAUGUGUCCGAAUGAGACAGACAGCAAAUUGAGCUGGUUGUCAUAGCAACAUACACACCUUUUUUACCCCCGUUGACUGGCUAAAUCGAUACUUUGUUUGCGAAAACUAAAAUGGAUGAGUGGAAAAUGUAUGUUGAUCUUUUCGGCGGCAUGACUAUGGCUGAAUGGGAGAAAGAGAUAGUCAUAAUACCCAGGCAUGCAGAUUUGCAUUGAAUGACCUAGAGAAAAGCCACAACGAAAAUAAAACACAGUUAAGAAUACAAACUGGGCUGUUCGGUGCUUCGAGGGCUGACUAGCAGAGAAGAAAAAAGUUGUCCACUUCAAAACUGUCACUAAGGAAGAGUUUAACAUCCUUCUCCGACAGUUUUAUGGAAAUGUAGGAAAUGGGAAGGGGGAGCAGCACAGCAGAAGUAGCUACCUGCCACUCCGGAGUGGGCUCAACCGGUUUCUAAAUGACCCACCCAUCGGUCGCAGCUGGUGCCUUAUGAAGGACACUGAAUUUACCACCUCGAAUCAUGUAUUUCUGGGCAACAUCAAACAGCUAAGAAGGCAAGGAAAAUAUAUCACAAACAGCCACCCUCCCAUCACCGAUAAGGACAUGUCCAAGCUCCAAAACUGCCAGGCUCUGAAUCCCGGUACACCAACGGGUCUGGUCCAGAAAGUGUGGUUCCACCUCCAGUUACAUCUGGGACAAAGAGGAAAAGAGGGGAACAGACAACUAAAGGCCAACUCAUUCCUCGGAAAAACAGACGAGAACGGUCUAAGGUAUGUUGUUCAUAGCCUGUUUGUGUUAUUUCUAAGUUGCACUCGUAAUUAGGCUACUGGAAAACAAUAUUAUAACAAUGUAUUCUCUCUCUCAGAUACGCCACUCUCGCAUAUAACGAGGCCACAAAGAAUAAUCUGUACCCAAGGGAGAGGGGCAGGGAGUCCAAGAGGGGAUUCAUAUUCGAGCAGCCAGGGAACCCAUUAUGCCCGGUGGCAUAA